CAGCGACUGCGUUGAUUCGAUUUGAUACGCGAUCAAUUUCCAUAUUUUUAUCUGUUAUCAUACUUAGUUAUCAGUGUUUUUGACCAAAAUAUCUACAAUUCUUUACAACUGAACCCAUCCUAUCAGUCAUAAUUUUCAAGAUACCAGUUUUUCCUAAGAUUUUCUCUUCGAAAGUUCAACUCCUCCUUUCAUGUACCCAUGCUAUUACAGUUAUCACGUAUAAUUUCAUUUUCAGGAAAGAUAAUUAUCAAAAUUUAGAUACAAAUUCUGGAGCUCUCCUCUAGUUCUUUUAGCGAAGUUCAGUGACAUCGCAUACAUUUUUCGGCUUUACACUGUGUAAUGAUAGUUUUGCCCGGUUCCCCACUUACCGCUUUACUGUCUCGCCGCACCCUCUGAAUGUUGCCUUGUUCUCUUGCGCCUUAACUGCUUAUAAUGUCAUCCAUUAAAUACACACAUGCUGUUGUCUGCAGAAUACCAACCACUUUCAAAACGGCUGAUGUCAGUCUAAAUCUUGAAGAGGCAAAAAAGGAGCAUGAAGUUUAUGUUCAAACUUUACGAGACUUAGGGCUGGAUGUAAUUGAACUACCUCCUGAUGAUGCUAAUCCGCUUUCUCCGUUUGUAGAAGAUAUUGCUGUGGUUUGCAAUGGGUCCGCACUAAUUUGUAAACUUGGUGAUCCUCAACGCGAAGGGGAGAUCCAAACAAUCCGUGCAGUUUUGAAGAAAGAACUGGAAUUGCCACUCAUAGAAAUCAGUGAUGAAAAGGCUCGGCUCUACGGAAGAGACAUCUUAUUCACAGGCAAAGAAUUUUUUGUUGGUUUGUCAAAAUACACAAAUGAAGGUGGUGCGAGAGCCGUGGCAGCUGCUUUUCCAGAAUUUCCUUGUACACCAGUCAAAGUCAGUGACAAUCAAUGUUUAAAAUCACUGGUUUCGGUCGCAGGACCAGAUAUUCUCUGUGUUAGUUCAAGCAAACAAUCGCAAGAGGUGCUAAAGAGGAUUGAGAGAGAAGCAACCUUUAGUUAUAAGACACUGACUGUUCCGGAGGAAAUGGCCAUUAAUGUCUUAUAUGUUAAUGGAACCCUCAUACACAGAUCUGAAGAAGAAAUCCCUAAAUCUUAUCAGUUGUUCUCUGAAAGGCUUGUAUUUCAGCACAAACCACUGAACUACUCUGAAAUAAGUAAGCAGAAAGGACUACUAAGUUCCUGUUGUUUGCUUCUGAGAAGGAGCCGUCAUUUUCGAAGCUUGUAAAGUAUUUCGAUCUUCAUAGCCAAUUCAACGUUCAGCUUUUUUUAUUCAUCUCGUAAACGUUUGAACGCCUGUUCUAAAUAUUAUAUAUGUGUUUCCCUUCCUGUGCUAGCCAGGUUUUUAUAUUUUUGUCAGUAUUGCAAAUGAUUCAAUUUAUUUGAGAAACAUUGUCUCUUUUCAAAUUGAAUCAGUCUAUGCGGAGAGUUAUCUCCUCCGUAAGACACAUUUUUGUAGCAUAUAAUUCCUGUCCUUAUGGAAAUCUUCCAAAAGAAAUUCUGAACUCAUUAACCAAAUUCCAACUCUAAUAUAAUACUUAUUAAUAGCUGGUGAUGCUACAAUUUAGAUUUUUAAUCAUCUAGCUUAUAUUUUGAAAAAAAUAGAAUCAGGUUAUGAGGAAUGUUCCAAAAGUAAGUUUCCCUAUUUUAUUUCUCCAAAAGAAUUACAGCUGAAGCAAAUCUGUGAAAAUGUUAGUGGGAAAUUUUUUCAACUCUCCAACGUGCUUUAGUUUUUUUAAUUUGGAUCAGUGGCCUCUAAGGAAUCGAAAUUUCCUUGCAGAAAUCAUGUUUUUCCAGAUUUGUUUCAGCUAUUAUCCUUUUGGAUAAAUAAAAUUGGGAAACUUACUUUUGGAACAGCUCUUGUAUGAUUAUUACUUUUUUCUUACUGUUUUAUGAAAUGAAGGAUCUUCGGGAAUAGUUUCAAAGUACAUAUGAUGCACAUUUUGUUUGCUGUGCGACCAUCACUAGGUAAAGCAGGUAUUAAAUAAAGUAACAAAGCUGCCGUAAUAGCGAAGAGAGCAGUGAGGGUCAAAUUUUCGAAAUCGAGUUUCCUUCAAGAGUUGUCUAAUCUCUUUUAGAUGAAACCACUGAAAUAGCUGAAAUAGAAAAAUUCAUCUUAAUUGUGUAAAAACGAGACACUUGAGAAAGCCAUAAGUGCGCAAAAAAUGACGCAGUUUCAGGCAAGACAGCAGGAAGUGACAAUAUUCCUCCAGAGAGCCAAUGAUAACAGUACUUUUAAGUAAAAUGCCGCCAUCUUCUGCCAAUUUCUAACCGGAAAAUGUGUUUGUUGUGUGUCCAAAACGCAACUACAAAAGCAUGCAGAAGAUAGUACGUAGGGCUGUCUUACCUGACAAUAACCUAGCAUGAAAAUGAAAAAUACCAUUUUUAUGUAAUUGAAAUCGAAUCAGUCAAUGUUUAAUCAUCCAAACUACCUACAGGAGUCUUGUGGAAGAUUAGUGGCUAUUUGACAAAGAACAGAGGCUUCUUUCAAUAAAAUUUUCUGGUCAGAAGCUUCUGAGCCUGUUUUCACAUAACUUCAUUUUUGCACUUACUGCUCUCUUUGCUAUCAUGGCAAAAAAAUGAGAGCUAAAAUCUAAGACCAUUGCUACCUGAGCAGUGCAGGUUCAAGAAAGUUUUUAGAUUUUAGCUUUUAUUCUCUUUAUUACAACCUAGAAUGACUAUUAUAUCAUUUAUCACAAUAUAACGUACCUGAUGAUGAUCACACAACGGCAAUAGACAUUGUUUUUUUCAGUCAGAUAUCAAGUUGUGACUUUCCAUUUUAUCAAAUCAGAAGAAAAAGAUAAUAAUCACAACCUCUCUGAACAGUUCUGUAUUGUACAACUAAUGUAAAUGCUACAAUAAAAGAUCAUUAAUUCCUCCAUUUUUUUAAAAUCUCUGCAUCACCCAGGGACUGUAGGGAAAGCAUUUUGCUUUUAUCUUUGUAAUUUACUCUCACAUUAUUUGCUUUGAUUUUUUCAAGUUCCUCACUUGUUGCUUUAUGAAUCUCUUCACAUAAUCUCAUUUUACUUUUUUUUUUCUCAGCUUAGCCAUGAUUUUGAAGUAAUUUUUAAAAUCAGGUCAUCAGUAAGCUUACUGAUUAAGUCUAAAGUAACAUGUAUUUCCUAAUUUUGAGUCUUGUAAUUUUAAGUUUUUAUUUCUCAAAGUGACUACACGGUGUUUAUUUUUUUGUAUUUUUUUUUCUUUCAUUAAAAUCAUCUUGCACUUGCACUCCCAUCAUGUCGUUUGUACAGUUUAAAAAAUUCAGUAAUUUCUUCCAACUAAAUAAAUGGCCAAUUUUCAAUGGACUCAGUUUUUUCCUAGUUUUUAGUGAUGCAACUGUCAAGAAGUGUAAUACAUAAAAUUUUGAAGGUGUCAUUUCUCCAGAAUCUGUUCAGAAUUGUAAAAAUGUUUAAGGCAUUUAAUCUUGCUGAGCAAUCGAUUAAAAAUAUUGAAAAGCUCUGUGGUUUGGAAACCUUGAAAUUUAAAAGCAGUUUUUAUAAAUUAUCGAUUUUGAAGGAGUACGACGAAUAAAUGUACUUUUACUAUUUUCUACUAUUCCUCAACGAUUCAAAAAAGAUUCAAUCAUUGGAAAAUGUUAUAAGUGUCAGUCCUAAUAUGAGAUUAGUGCUGCUAAAAUCUGUAUUUUGUUUGUUUUUUUUUUCUCUCUCUUUUUUUUAAAAUUGUUUUUAAUUUCUGCAGAGCUUUGAUUGUUUAUCCCACCUACAUCAUAUUAGUUUUAAGCAGCUUUAUUUUAUUUUGAAACUGUAACUUUUGAGAAGCCACUUUUAAAGAAUAAGACUAUCGUCUUAAAUUUCAAAUGACUAGCGCCCAGAUUUAUGGAGCCAAAUAAGUUCUAGCAUAUAUAUUUAGAGAAGGACUGUCAAGAGGAAUGUGUCUUUGAAGUUUUCGUGAGAUUGUUCAGAAGUAUGAAAAGGAUGGAGACAAGAAUGGUCACAAAAUGACUUACUGCUUUAAUCAGCUUCAUUGCAUAGAGGAAAGAAACUAAGACAAUAAGAUCAUUCUAUGUCACAUGGUCUUAAAAACUUUUACUGCCUUUAGACUCUGAAAAUUGCGAAUUUUUGGGUGGUCUUUUCCAAUAAUGCAGUUUUUGCUUUUCAUUGGUCAACUAUUCUGAUUAAUUCUCACGAUAUCACAAGCCUCUUUACUGUUAAUAUUUUAAUGCAAUAUGAAAGAGAAAAUAUUCAAUAGUCUCUCACUGAUAUUUACUAGCUGUUUAUGUUAAAAUCUUUUGUUCUCAUUAAAAAUGCUAGCAAUAUGUCUGUUAUUAAAGUAAGUAAGUAACUCUUUCCAAAAAUGUAAAGUUUCUCAUCCUACCAAAGAAAUUAAUUCACAUUCUGAAAAGUAGGAUUUAUGUACUCAAGCAAUAAAGUGAUGAAUUAAACAUAGCUCACUUUACUUCUUUUUCUCUUUCAGAGAGAGUUUUUCUUCAAUUAUGUCCCCUAGUUUAAGUCUACUUUGUGAUAUCUAGACGAUAAACAUAUUCAGUUUUCAUGAAUUCCUUUUCCUUGUUGAUUCAGUUCUUAGAAUGAUUGUUCAAGUUUUUAUUCAUGUUCUGUCAGACUUUUAACAGGUUAUAUCAUUUUUCUAGUUGUAUGUUAGUGUAUAUUAUUUGUUCUGUUCUCAUUCAAUUAUUGUAAAAUGCAUUGUUGGCCUGAUGUCAAAAUGACUUUAAAUCGCAUCCGUGUUACUUUUCAAAGAUCUGAUGAGAAAUCUUACCGGUGCAUCCCCUUAUUUUUCUUGAAUUUUAUGUGAAGGGGUUUACAUGUAAAAUAAGCUUCUCUAGUUAUGUUUUUCUGAAGGAAAACUCAUCAACUCUUUCAGGAAAACUAGAUAACUGUUUCUCCACAAAUUUAGAAGCUAUCCAUUAAUUAUGUAAAUACUGCUUCUCUAAUUUUAAACUAUCCUCCCUGUCCAGGAACAUACAUGUUACGCAAGUCUAAACCACCCCCUCCCCCUAAAUAAUUGAUUAACACAUCAAUCUAUCUCUUCUGAUGAAGUUGGAGGUUCUCCAGUAAUUUUCAGUGAAAAAUCUACCACUUAUUAACCUACAACUGCCCGUCAGUUAGUGCCUCACACUAAGUUUUGACCUUUUCACUCUCUCCCGACUCAAGCGCUUGUGAUAUAGUCUCAAAUCCUCCUGCCAGAGUAUUUGAGUGUAGCGUAAUCAUGAAAAGGCUCUAAUUUUUGUAACAAGUUUUAUGUUUAUAUGAUGAGACGCAGAGCACCCUUGGUUUCUUACAGCAUCUUUUUAUUUUUAAAUAAUAGUUAACAUGUGAUUAAUAUUAUGUACAUGAGUUCUAUUUUACUAAUUUGGAAGUGAAAUAUCAUCAGAAUAUCCGCCCUGAGUGAAUCCCAACCAACACACAUGAUAUGUACUAUCUACUGUCAGGUUUGAGGCUGUCUGUUUUCAUCUGCCUCAUUUUAUUGCCAGUAUUACUUUCUUAAUUGGUAGAAUGUAAUUCUCAACUUUGUUAAAAAAAGAAAAAAAGAGAGUAUCCUCUACGAUUGUUUAUUGCACUUUGCACUUCGUUUUCACUAAAAUAUUAGUAAUCAGAUUAUUUUUUCAAUUUUGGUAAUGUGGUGAGCAACCAAUAAAAUGUAAACCAUUGAAACAAAGAAUGAACAAACAUAACUCUCUCUCUUUUGUGAGUAUGUUUGUGAUGCUAAACAUAUUUAAUAACAGGUGCGAGUUCUGUAGAAGGAGUCACUUUUGUGAGCAGUCUUGAACAGAUUAAACAAGGAAACCUAGAUUAGGAUCCCCGCCACUUUUCGCCGCUGUAUUCUCGGGUUACAUCUGUAGAAUACUUUCAAAUAAGGGAGAAUGUUAUGUUAUGUAAGAGCAUGAGAGAUUGCCUCCACUUUUUUCUUUCAAAUUAGAAACCCUCUAGUUCUAUAGGACUCAUGUCAAUCGCUAACCUUGCCAUUCUUUGUUUUCUUGGAUUUUAUGUAUCAAUACAUCUAAGAAGAGGUAAACUGUUGUUCUUUUUUUUCAAGCAGAUAGUAUACUUCUCUUUUCCUCUCUCUCAUCAAACAUGUUUGUGGUUUUAAAGAUUGAAAAUCGACCAAAGCUAACCAUGUUCAUGCAGGUGGUAUUCAGUUAGGUACUUGACUCUUUUAAAAAGUAAUAUUCAUCACACUUUUUUGUCACUCGCUAAAUGUACGUUUAAGAGCGUCGUUCAUAUUUUGAUUCACUACUUUUGGCAUAGUGUAAAAAAUGAAUGUAUUACUGUUGCUUUUUUUCACAAUUCAUGCAUAUGUACAAGUUUUUCCUCAAUUCACUGCUGUGUACCAAAGAUAACUUUAUCACAUAUUUUCAAAGUAUUUUUCCAGAAGUUUUCUUCAUGACGAAAAAUCAGGCGUUGGUCUUUUCAUCCUUAGUUUGUCUACCAAAAAAAUGCCAAAAUUAUUACCUGAGCCCACAACUGACCUUCUCAAGAUUUUGAUAAAUCAAUACAUUCAUGUAUUUGAACAGAAGUGGAAGAAGUCCUCUUUAAUUGAGCUGCAAAACUUUCCCGUGACAAGAUUUUAUGCGUAGCGGCAUAUUUCAUGUAUGUCUGUAAUUAGAUUAUGACCUUAUUUUCAAAGCCAAAUAAUGACUGUGAAACUGCACAAAUGCGUACCUCAGUUUGCAGUGUUGCAGACUUCCUUAAUCUAUUUUCUACAUGGGAAACUAUCAACAUCAUUUUGAAAACUGGGGUGAUUUUGUUCUUUAUGGAAUGAAUAUUCCGUAAAAAUGUUAAGCACCAAUGUUUGUUUGGUCUUUAUUUAUUAAAAUGAAACAGGAGCAGAGAUUAUAAAACACUGCCACUGAGGUAUGCAUUCUUGCAGUUUCACUGUCGGUAAGACUCUUACUAAUAAAUACUACUAACACCUACCCAAUGCAUUUAUGAUUAGCCUUUAAGUAGGUAUCUUUUACCAACUUUUUUUCUAUUAAUUUCUGUAAAUUUUAAAACAUAUUAAAUCACUGCAUGGUCAUUUUAUAGUUGUAGGUCGUACAUCUUUUCCUUUUUAUUUAAGGGCACAAGACCCAGUAAAUGAUAUUACAUCAAGCUCAUGUACCUUCUCCAAGAUUUUGAUGUUAGUGAAAUUAGCUGUAUACUGUGAAUUCAAUGAUCUAUCAGAAUAUGUAACUGAUUGUAGGUAUUUAAAAUAGGUAGAUACGCUCAUUCAAAUUAAAACCAACUCAAUUUUGCCUUA